ACAUAGCCAGUGGGACGCGCGAUCCCGAGGAGGCCAGAUGGCGAGAUGGCCGCCAUUUCAUAGCCUUAUACCAGCCAGUGACGCAGGUGUACUUGCACGCUGCACCUUCGACCAUAGACACUAAAUAAUGAUGUGAUUAAAAACUCCAUGACGUGCCAGAUAUUGCUGCUCAUCACCACAAUGAUUUUAGCCUUUUUCGCUUUCUCCCUGCUCGGGAUUUUAAUUACGAAACCUGCUCCUUGUGCGACUGAAGUACAAUGCAAGGACGGCCACCUGUGUCCAGCUCACUGGAUGUGCUGCGAGCUCGGCUGCUGCGACACGUCCGCGCAGCCGACACGCCGCAUCAACGCCACGCUCGGGUCACGGCGGGAGCUGGAUGAGACGCCGCUCAAGGAACAUAGCUAUACCUAUGCUUGGUAUGCCCAGUGGCCAGUACUUUUCCUCCUGGGCACUCUCGGCGGUAUUUUGAUUUGCUGCAUCUGGUGCCUGUUCUUCAAGAGGUCGUCUUCCCAUGGCGUCUACAUGUGUUCCAUGGCGUGCUGUGUGCGGCGUCCGACCUCGGAGCACGACUCCGCAGGGUCGGUGUACCCUCCGCCACGAUACAGCCGCUGCGGGUCCUUCCAUCAAGCGCCACCACCAUAUUCUGAAGUAGCAUCAAAACCGGAUCUGUAUCCGCUGGUGAUCACAUGUGGAGAAGGAGAUGGGAAGGCUGGCAACUAUCUGAUGGUCCACUACUUUAGAAACUACGUGAUUCGCGCGCCAGGCUCUCUAUCAGCGACGAGUACUGCAGAAUCUCUCAACUCCAGUUUCAUAUGCAACGCGGCGAAUGAGGCAAAUUCAAUCAUUCCACCGCCGUACUCGUGCGCGAGCAACUACGAGGAGUGCGGCGUGGGGUGUGGGCCGCUGCUACGCUCCCUGUCCUCUCUGACGGAGCCCCGCGCGGCGCCUGCCCGCCCCGACCCCGCGCCCUCCCGGCCCCGGGACCCGCCUGCCGCCUUCCGGGAUAACCUUAUCACUUCGCCUGUCCAGCCCUUGGACUCUAAUUUCGACCUAGAAUUGGAGCUUAUUGAUUGCGAGAUGUAUUGUGAUGGGGGUUGCAAGCCGAGACUGGGUUCCUCCCCUCCGAUACACCAAUCCCUCGACGAAGAUGACGACAACAAUAUGUACAUGCACGAGGCAUACGGCAGUCUACGGCAGUACUACACUGGGAAGCCAGACCCUCCAGAAUCGCCGCCGCAACCGACCAGCCCCACACAGACGUCCAGAGACUCCACCCUGAGGAGACCAAGUGACGAGAGACGUCACAGACGCCUUGAGAGCGUAAAAAAAACGCCAAGGCAACGAAAAACGAGCUUAUACAUGCCAUUAUCGGUAGCUUAUCCCGUAAGGACAUCGAGAAUCUCACCCGGUACUAGAGCGUCGUCCCGAUCCGCUCCAGCCACGCCAUGCAGCUCACUUGUGCCCAAUUUACUCACGUUCUCCCAAAGAGUGUCAGCUUCGCGACAUGGAUCAAGAUCUUCAAAGUUCGAGGAGGAAUCUGACCCCCUUCUCGCAGACUUGGAAAACACACGCACUGAUCACAAAUUUUAAUUACCACACGACGCUAACGAAUGCUUAUAUUUUUACAGAUUAUGCUCUGAUGACCCUUGAAUGUGAUCCCAUCGAUGUUAAUAGAUGCAUGUACUUAAUAGUUGGUAAGAUUUUAAUAUUUGUGUAUAAUUUGCAAACGGCCUAAACAGCGAACCCCGCCCGACCGAAGCAGACGUGUGACAACAACACAUUCAAUUCUCAAUGUUGUGACUGUUUUAACUGUGCUCAUUAUAUCCUAGAGCCUAUGCAAUUAUGUAGUUAGUUUAAUGUUAAUUAUUCAAUUAUAAUAUCGCGGAUAAGAAAAGAGCUUGUUGGACCAUUGUUCACUUGCCUUCUAAUAAGAUGUAAUUAUGAAAAUAA